GUCUCCGUCCCCUUCUCCGUCGCUGCGCUCUCGAGACACUGUAAGUUCGCGCACGGGGAUGCGGGCACGCGGGGCCGCCUGAAGAUGCCAGUCCACUGGAUGUGUUCCUCCCUCCUCGUGCUGCUCGCGCUCGCGCCCGCGCCCUUCUCGGCCCUGCGGAACUACCCGGACAAUGAAGUGACGCUCCUGGACUCCAUGUCUGCUCUGGGGGACCUGGGCUGGGAGGCCUAUCCGGCGGAGGGGUGGGAGGAGAUCAGCGUGAUGGACGAGCGGAACACCCCGAUGCGCACCUACCAGGUGUGCAACGUGAUGGAGGCGAGUCAGAACAACUGGCUGCGCACCGGGCUCAUCCCGCGCGAGGGCGCUCGCCGCGUCUACGUGGAGAUCAAGUUCACCCUGCGGGACUGCAACAGUCUGCCGGGUGUGCCGGGCACCUGCAAGGAGACCUUCAACAUGUACUACCACGAGUCCAACAGCCCCAGUUUGCGGCACGUGCGGGAGAGCCAGUUCAUCAAGAUCGACACCAUCGCCGCCGACGAGAGCUUCACGCAGGUGGACGUAGGCGACCGGGUGAUGAAGCUCAACACGGAGGUACGAGACAUCAGCAACCUGAGCAAGAAGGGCUUCUACCUUGCCUUCCAGGACGUGGGCGCCUGCAUUGCCCUGGUCUCCGUGCGCGUCUUCUACAAGCGCUGCCCCAUGGCUGUGCUCAACCUCGCUCGGUUCCCUGACACGGUCACGGGCGGGGACUCGGCCCUCGUGGAGGUGCGAGGCUCCUGCGUGGAGGACGCCGAGGAGCUGGAAGCCCCACGCAUGUACUGCAGCGCCGACGGGGGCUGGCUGGUGCCCAUAGGCCGUUGCGUCUGCAGGCCCGGCUUUGAGGAGCACGAGGGCCGCUGCCAGCCCUGCAGGUCUGGUAGCUACAAGGCCUCAUCCCUGGACGCACACUGUUCGAAGUGCCCAGCUCACAGCCAUUCCACCCAGGAACAGGCCUCUGAAUGCCCCUGUGAGAAGGGCUUCUUCCGGGCUGACGUGGACCCCCGCUCCAUGGCCUGCACCCGGCCUCCCUCAGCACCGGAGAGCGUCAUUUCCACCGUCAACGAGACAUCGGUGGCCCUGGAGUGGAGCCCUCCUCGAGACAGCGGGGGUCGUGGGGACGUCACCUACAACGUCCAUUGCAAGCAGUGCACCGCGGACGGCGUGUCGUGUUGGCCCUGCCGCAGCGGAGGGGGUGGCGGUCCUCACUUUGUCCCACGUCAGUUUGGCCUGAGCCUCCCCCAGGUGUUGGUGACGGACCUCCAGCCCCGGACCAACUACACCUUCAGCGUGGAAGCGCUCAAUGGAGUGUCGGACCUGAGCGGCAGCCCCCACCAAGUGGUCUUCUUCAAUGUCACCACCAGCCAGAAAGUGAACGUGGUCCUGAAGGAGAGAAAGAGCAGGGACAGCAUCACUCUGGCCUGGCAAGAGCCCGACCAGGCCGUGGGCACGGUUCUGGAGUACGAGGUUAUCUACUACGAGAAGAAUCAGAGGCACCAGAACUACACAGUGCUGAAGACCAGGUCCAAUAUCAUGACUGUGGAUGGUCUGAAGCCGGGCACCACGUAUGUGUUCCGGGUGCGAGCGCGCACCGAUGGCGGUUAUGGCAACUAUGGCGGUGAGAUUGAGCUGGAGACCAGUCACGAAGACAUGUUGGCUAUGGGUGACCCCAACCAGGCCACCAUCCUGGCUGUAUCCAUCGCUGGAGGUGUGGUCCUCCUCGUGCUCCUGGUUGCCUGCUUUGUUGUGAGCGGCAGGCACUGCGGAUACAUUAAGGCCAAGCAGGACCCCGACGAGGACAAGAUGCAGUUCCAGCACGGGCGAGUGAAGCUCCCGGGAAGCAGGACAUACAUCCAUCCCCACACGUACGAGGACCCUAAUCAGGCCGUCCGAGAUUUCGCCAAGGAGAUCGACGUGUCCAGCAUCCGCAUUGAGCGAGUCAUUGGGGCAGGUGAGUUCGGCGAGGUGUGCAGUGGGCGGCUGAAGCUUCCCAGCAAGAGGGAGAUCUGCGUGGCCAUCAAGAGCCUCAAAGCGGGAUACUCCGAGCAGCAGAGGCGGGACUUCCUGAGCGAGGCCAGCAUCAUGGGCCAGUUUGACCACCCCAACAUCAUUCACCUGGAGGGUGUGGUCACCAAAUGUAAGCCAGUGAUGAUAAUCACCGAAUUCAUGGAGAACGGCUCUCUGGACUCCUUCCUUAAGAAACACGACGGACAGUUCACGAUCAUCCAGCUGCUGGGGAUGAUGCGCGGGAUUGCGGCUGGCAUGAAGUACCUGUCGGACAUGAACUACGUGCAUCGGGACCUGGCUGCGAGGAACAUCCUGGUCAACAGCAACCUGGUGUGCAAGGUGUCCGACUUUGGCCUGUCCCGUGUGCUCGAGGAUGACCCCGAGGCAGCCUACACAACACGGGGAGGGAAGAUCCCAAUCCGGUGGACUUCACCCGAGGCUAUCGCCUACAGGAAGUUCACGUCUGCCAGCGAUGUUUGGAGCUAUGGCAUCGUCAUGUGGGAGGUGGUCUCUUAUGGUGAACGUCCGUACUGGGAGAUGUCGAAUCAGGAUGUGAUCAAGGCCAUAGAUGAGGGCUAUCGACUGCCCGCUCCCAUGGACUGUCCAGUGGUCCUGCAUCAGCUCAUGCUAGCUUGUUGGGAAAAGGGGCGAAGCGAUCGACCAAAGUUUGGCCAGAUAGUCAAUACCCUGGACCAGCUCAUCCGGAACCCCGGAUGCCUGAAGGAAUUGGCCAACAGUUCCGUCUGGCAGGACCCUGGAACACCAGAGCUUGCUGCUGGCACGGUGGAAGAGUGGCUGGACUCCAUCAAGAUGGGUCAGUACAAGGAUCAGUUCUCCAGCGCAGGCUACGUGACGCUGGACUCAGUGCUGUGCGUUAAUGUCGGUGAUCUAGGGAAGAUGGGCGUAAUACUGGCGGGACACCAGAAGAAGAUCCUCACCAGCAUCCAGAACCUCCAGACGGAGCAGGCGUCUCAUGUGCACGUAUAGCCCACCUCAGCACUGCCUUGUCCUUCCUGCUCUACCCGAGCGCUUCAACCCCCCUGCCUUGUGCGACUCAGCACCUGGGGCCUCCUGCUCUUAUAGCACCGUAGUGCUGAGAGUAGAGUGGAAGAUGCAUCAUAUAGCAGUUUUUUUUCCAUGGUUUCUGUUCA